AUUGUCAACAAAAUUUAGGUUAUUUCAUCAUAUCCAGAUGAAAACAUGAUCAUGAUUUCCAAUUUCUAAAUAUAAAAUUAUAAUCAAAUAGGAUUUUUACCAUCCAGAUUUAAAUAUGGCUUUAUCUAUAGAACAAUGCGAUGUUUUGCUCAAAAUUAUUGAUGAACCGAACAUUGCAACACAAACACUGGAAGCAAUUGUUAAUGAUGUUAUCAAAAAGUUUGAAACAACCGAUUAUUUCAAAGUUGGAAUGUGUUUGAUCAUGUUAUUACAGCAAGAUUUGAUCAAAUCACAUGAACAAAGAUUAGUUGUGAUAACUAUUCUGCAUGAAAUGUACAGGGAUGAAUCCAUAGGCAAAACACCAUUUGCCAAUGCAUUUGUGCAACUACUGUCACCAACUGAACAGCAAGGAAGCCCUAUAGGUGCACCCAAACUGCAAUAUCCUGGACAUUUGCCAAAAUUAACCACACAGGAGCGAAAUUUCUUAGAACAAUUGAUUUCAAAUGUUUCCAAAGAUGUAUUGUUGAAGAGGACAGCAACACAAAUAUUGAAUGCAGACACAAUUCCAAGCCUAAACAUUGAUCUUUCCGCCCUGCAACUGAGCCUGGCUGAUAGAAAACUGGAGUUUUCAUACAUGUCAAAGAGUGGUAUUCCUGUUACAUUGAGUUUUCCAGAGAAAAACAUAAACAAUUAUGCGCCUAAAGAAGACCACACAAAUGCACUAAUCAAAAGCCUCAUGUGUGGAAAUGACGCUCCUGUGAACAAAGUCUACAAACCGGAGUUUGUUACGCUUGCUCCACCGUUAUACAACUGCCAGGAUGAGCCUGUGUGGUUUAACAUGACUCACCCAACCCGUCAUCAAAUCAUCUACGACGCUACAAUGUGUGUACCCAACAUGGCCGGCCAGGAAGCGCGCCAUCUACUCACAAAAGCCUACAAAUCCGCGUUAUCUCUCCAGCAACAAACACGACUCGUAAAAGAACUUGACAAUGAUCCCAAGUUGGUGUAUCACAUUGGUCUAACACCAGCCAAACUACCCGAAUUAGUCGAAAACAAUCCGAUAAUCGCCAUUGAGAUGUUACUAAAACUAAUGCAGUCGAAACAAAUCACUGAAUACUUCAGUGUGUUGGUCAACAUGGAGAUGUCGCUGCACUCAAUGGAAGUUGUCAAUAGGCUAACCACAACUGUGGAUCUACCAACUGCGUUCGUACAUCUUUAUAUUUCGAACUGCAUCUCAACUUGUGAGACCAUCAAAGACAGAUACAUGCAGAAUCGACUCGUGCGAUUAGUCUGCGUGUUUCUACAGAGUCUUAUACGAAACAAGAUUAUAAACGUCCAGGAGUUAUUCAUUGAAGUGCAGGCAUUUUGUAUUGAAUUCAGCCGAAUACGCGAAGCAGCCGCCUUGUUCCGCUUACUUAAACAACUAGAAAGUGGCGAAAUUGGCUUACCAUCACCUCCAUCCUCCUCAUCCACAUCUAAACUGAAACUAGAUGGAUAAACACUGCUAAUAAACUAUAAAUAAAUAUUUAAUGGUA